AUGAGGAUCCUCCAUAGCAUCUGGGCCGUAUGCGCCCUCCUCCUCCUCCCCGUCCUCGCCCAGAAGCCGCAGCUACCACUCUCUUCGACCUCCCGCUGGAUCACGGACUCCGCCAACAAGCGCGUCAAGCUCCGCUGUAUCAACUGGGCCGGCCAUAUGGAAGUCAACCUCCCAGAAGGCCUGCACAAGCAGCCCGUCGAGUACCUUGCCGACUGGAUUAAGCAGGAGGGCUUCAACUGCGUACGCCUUACCUACUCGACCGACCACGCCCUGAACCCGGGGGUCAAGGUCCGCGACUCCUUCGUCAACGGAGCCAAGGCCGCCGGCGUCGCCGAGGCGGACCUGUUGCAGCUCUACGACCAGGCCGUGCAGAAGAACCCGUUCCUGGCCGGCACCAACGUCACGCAGCGCGACGUCUUCUCGAGAGUCAUCGACGUCCUCUGGGACCGGGGCAUCAUGACCGUCCUCGACAACCACGUCAGCAGGGCCUCGUGGUGCUGCAACCUCGACGACGGCAACGGGUGGUGGAAGGACGCCCGCUUCUACUGGGCCGCCAACUCGCGCUACUUCGACACGGACGAAUGGCUCGCGGGCCUGCAGCAGAUCUCCCUCUGGGCCAAGACGAGGCCGGGAGUCGCCGCCAUCUCGCUCCGGAACGAGCUCCGCGCGACGUGGACACAGAUCCCCUUCGCCGCCGACCAGUGGUACGGCUACGUCACGCGCGGCGCAAAGGCCGUCCACGAGGCGAACCCGGACGUGCUCGUCGUCAUCGGCGGGCUCAACUCGGCCACCGACUUCACGCCCCUCCGGACGCGGACCCUCGACACCGCCGCGUGGCAGGGCAAGAACGUGUGGGAGGCGCACAGCUACAGCUUCACGGUCACGACGCCCAACUUUGGCGACUGCAACGUCGAGAAGACCGAGUAUGGGGCGCUGUUCGGGUUCGUGCUGGAGCAGGACAAGGGGUACACGGGGCCGCUGUUCAUGUCCGAGUUCGGCGUCGGCAUGUCGGGCGGGCCGGAGGACGGGCUCUCGGCCGAGGACCACGCCUACCUCACGUGCCUGGUCGGCUACCUCGAGGCCAACGACGCGGACUGGGCGCUGUGGGCGAUCCAGGGGACGUAUUACGCGCGCAACAAGGUUGUUGAUUUCGAAGAGACGUGGGGCGCACUGGACCGCGAGUGGAAGGGGUGGAGGAACCAGGCGUUCAAGGGCAUGCUGGGAAACAUCUUUGCCGUUACUCAGGGGCCGUAG